AUGAGCAAGAGGAUCCUCGUCGACUGCCACACGCACAUCUACACCAAGCGGCUCGUAUCGCUGCUGCGCUCUCGAACCGUCAACCCGCGGAUCCACACGAAUUCACCCGAUGGCUCCGAGAAGCUCGCCAUCCUUCCGCAGGAGGUAUCCGGAGGACGCACCGUGGGUCCGCAGUACUGGGAUGUACGCAACAAGGUGUCGUUCAUGAACCGUCAUUCGAUCGACGUCAGCAUCGUCUCGUUGGCCAACCCGUGGCUCGACUUUUUGGACGCUCCUCAGGCGGUCACUUCGGCGCACGAGUGUAAUGCGGAUCUGGAACAGUACUGCUCGGAAGCGAGCCAGCUAUUUGCGAGUGCACAGGAGAGUGGAGCGGUGGAGGCGGGGAGGAGGAUGAAGGCGUUUGGUAUCAUGCCGCUGGCGGAAGGUGUCGAUCCUGAACACGUGGUGGAGAGUUUGGGCACGAUUGCCAAGAGUCCCAGCUUGUGCGGUGCCAUCUUGGGCUCGCGCGGCCUGGGAAAGGGAUUGGACGAUCCCGCUCUGGAACCGGUGUGGGCGAAAGCGGCAGAGCUGGGUCUCGUGUUGUUCUUGCAUCCUCACUACGGCGUUGGAGCCGACGCCUCCCAGCCCUCGGGUCUGUGGGGAUCGCAAGACAACGGUCACGUCCUACCCCUGGCUCUCGGCUUCCCCUUCGAGACAGCCGCCGCCACCACGCGUCUCAUCCUAGCCGGCGUGUUCGACCGUCACCCCACCCUCCGUCUCCUCGUAGCCCACUCCGGCGGUGCCCUGCCCAUCCUCUCCUCACGUCUCGCCAGCUGCGUCGCUCACGACCCGCACGUCUGCAACCGUCUCCAGCACGACCCUCGCUACUACCUCGGCAAAAUCUACUACGACGCCGUAGCCUACGGUCCCGAAGAACUCGAAGCUGUCGCCAAAAUCAUCGGUCGCGCCGAAAGGUACAAGAGCGGCAACAAGGGGCAGGUGGAAGAUGUGGUCGAGAGGGGAACGGGGAGGAUGAUGUUCGGUACGGAUCAUCCGUUCUUCCCACCAACCAAGGAGGACGGGACGGUGAUCACGGAUGAUCAGACAGAGACGUGGAGAUCGGUGACGGAGAACUUGGAGGCGAUCGACGAGGUGCCGAGCUGGACAAAGGAGGCAAAGUCCGGAGUGUUUGGUUUGAAUGCGGUCAAGCUGUUUGGAUUGUAA